AUGAAUUCCAGUAGCAGAAAAAAUGUAAAGCCAAUAUAUGAAAAUAUUUCUUGCAACACUCGACAAAGGUCACAUGAAAAUGAAAUCUAUCCGAUUAAAAGGACUUAUCAUGAUGAUUAUAUAGCCGUAGUUAUUCCUUAUAAUUCUUCUCCGCUUUCACCCCAUUCUCAGCUUGCAUUCGAAGCUGGUAAAGAAGAAUUGUUAACGAAUGAACAUGCGGACUUGCAAACAACCACUACCAGCCGUUUCAUGUCCUUGAAUCUUAAGGGAUUAAAAUCUCUUGUAGUUCAACUGUUCACAUAUCUAAUCAAUAUUGAGGUUGUUAUGAAUAAUGUUAGGAGCAAGCGAUAUGUUUAA